AUGCGUUCGUUCGCCCUCAAUCGCGACAGAGCGGCGAUAUCGGCGGUUUCGUGCGACUCGAAGCGUUCGGGUUGUCGACCCCGUUGUCCGAGCGGGCAGGCGUUAAGCACGCUCGUGGGACGUCCGCGAGCGGAUGUCGGGAGAUGCGAGGCGAAUUUAGGACAGACAUCAACAUCGUCGGCGCCGACGGUGGUUUUAGAGCGCGCACAAACCGGGGAAUCACCGGGCGUGAGGGUAAUUCUGUUACCAACGUCGCACGCCGGCGGGCGGUCGGGCAAGGACGCAGAAGAAGUCAUACGAAAUAUGAAACCGGACGUGUUACUGUUAGAAGUGUGCGAUGAACGGAUAAAUGGGGUGAUAAAGCGGUUGAGUGGGGGAACGGAUGGCGUGCUCGUCCCCGAAGUGGUAUACAUCCAUGGAUUGCCGACUGGGACUUUACCGGGUGGAGUUGAAAUUUCGACGCUUCUGUCACGAUUGAAAACGAGAAUCGGGACGAGAGUAAACGCUUCGGAUCUGUUGAAGGAUGCUGAAACGCUGAUGCGCACCGGUUUGUUCGAUUCUGUUCACGUGAGUGCGGUUGGUAAACUAGGCACAAGUGUGGUCUGGGAGGGCGGGCGAGCGACAGUGGAAACGCUCACAUCUGAAAUAAUCUUUGACGUCGUCCCCGCGGACGGCGAACUAACGUCGGAUAUUCGGUUCGUUUGGUCUGACGCUAUAAUCGAAAUUCUGAACACUGAUAUGACUAAAACCGAGGCUCGCGUGAUACGUCGAGCAGGUGAACUCGUAGAAAUGAGUGAAAGUGUGAGUGGAGACGGUGAAAUGGGUGUGUGGCAGUUUGGAGCUUUGUGUAGUGCGAUUUUGAUCGCAGUUCGAGAAGAAAUACCAGAUCAAUACGCUGUGACACUCGAUUUGAGCGACGUAGAUGUCAUAUCGGUGAAAUUCGCUGACAAGGCCAGCUUGACACCAGAGGAUUUUGCAGAGCGCGUCUUCAUCGACAUUGAGAAUAUUCUUUCGGUCUCGUUCUCUGCUCGAUCAGCUGCAACGGAGGCAGUUGAGUCUUCUUCAGUGAGUGUAAAAAUGAUUAAUGCAAUGUUGAAGUUGGCGGAGUCUACGAUUUCGAACAAAGUAGACGCCAAGGAUGGGGAAGAAAUCAUCACUGGCUUGUCGACGGCGUUCGAUUCGCAAGUGUCUCGAGUUUAUUUGGCUGACUCGAAGCUGUCCAAGAUCAUGUUAUCGCUGGACACAAAAGUCAAACGCAACGUAGCAGGGACAAAACGGUCAAUUUUCCGCUAUGUGCUCGAAUCAAUUCGCUCUUUGAUCACGUUCAGCUUCAAGACAAAAGAGGAAGUGACAGCAGCAAUUGAAACUGAGCGGUUGGAGUUGAUGCGGACUGGCGACGUGGAUAUGCCGACACACAUGCGCGAGGUUCUGAUUGACGAACGUGACGAUGUAAUUUUUGACUGCUUGUGGGCCGUAUCUCAAGGUGAGCGGAUCGAUCGACCCUGCUUCAGUCUUGAGGACUCGUGCCGUUAUGAAUAUUCCGAGAGGGCGCCGCCACUCAUUCUGCGUGUGCGAGAGAGCACCCCGGUGACCAUCGUGGCGAUUCUCGGCGCUGCACAUCUUCCCGGUAUCAUUCGCCGAUGGAACACCACGUCUUAG